CCGGUUUCCAGGCUAGCGUGCUCUCCUGUGGAAAUCAGACGUUGGUCCAUGUUUUGCUGCACCGUGGGCUCCGUGUGGAGAGAGCAUGGCUGAGCUCUGCAGCCAGGUCAUGAAUGCAGUGACCUAUGAUGAUGUGCAUGUGAACUUCACCCCGGAAGAGUGGGCUUUGCUGAACCCUUCCCAGAAGAAUCUCUACAAGGAUGUGAUGCUGGAGACCUUCAUGAACCUCACCGCUAUUGGAUGCACUUGGGAAGAUCAAAAUAUUGAAGAGCAUUCUCAAAGGUCUAGAGGAUUUGGAAGUCACUUUGAAAGAUAUGAAAGAAGUUUUAUAGAAGAGAAAGCAUGUGAACGUAUUCAACAUGAUGAAGCCAUUGCAUGUGCGACUCGACUACAAAUACAUAAAAGAACGCAUACUGGGGAGAAACACUAUGAAUGUAAUCAGUGUGGUAAAGCUUUUACACGUCACAGUAUUCUUCAAAGACAUAACAGAACACACACUGGAGAGAAACCCUAUGAAUGUAAUCAGUGUGGUAAAGCUUUUACAUGUAACACUUAUCUUAAAAGACAUAAGACAACACAUACUGGAGAGAAACCCUAUGAAUGCAAUCAGUGUGGUAAAGCUUUUACACGUCACAGUAGUCUUCAAAGUCAUAACAGAACACAUACUAGAGAAAAACCCUAUGAAUGUAAUCAGUGUGGUAAAGCUUUUGCACAUCACAGUAGUCUUCAACAACAUAAAAAAAUACAUACUGGAGAGAAACCCUAUGAAUGUAAUCAGUGUGGAUACACUUGGGAGGAUCACAAUUUUGAAGAGCAUUCUCAAAGGUCUAGAGGAUUUGGAAGUCACUUUGAAAGAUAUGAAAGAAGUUUUAUAGAAGAGAAAGCAUGUGAACGUAUUCAACAUGAUGAAGCCAUUGCAUGUGCGACUCGACUACAAAUACAUAAAAGAACGCAUACUGGGGAGAAACACUAUGAAUGUAAUCAGUGUGUUACCUUAAAAAUCAUAACAGAACACAUUCUGGAGAAAAACCCUUUGAAUGUAGUCAGUGUGGUAAAGCCUUUUUGUUUCACCGUGGUCUUCAGAGGCAUAUAA